GCACACACACACACACACACACACACAUAGAUGUCUGGGCUUAGCUGCUUCCUGGGGACAUCCGCAGUGAAACAUGGAGAGUAGAAGGUGGCUGGAGCCCCAGGACCAGCAGGGAUGGGACAGAGCCACUCAGUCAGGGAGAGGAGGUCAGGUUAGAGCAGAGGGUGGGCAGCCACCGUUGAGGGAGGUGUGCCGUGCAGCCUGCUGUCAGCCUCGAAACUGCCUGAGUCACCUCUGCAUGUAACUGGGAUGACACAGCUUCCUGAGACUGCAAGCGCAAGCUACGAUUUUCUGGUGGUUCCGUCCUGGUGACAGGGCCCGGGUUAUGACGUCUAAUCCCAAGCCCAACAAGGCAUUGAAGGUCAAGAAGGAGGCGGGCGAGAACGCCCCUGUUCUUAGCGAUGAUGAGCUGGUGUCCAUGUCAGUGCGGGAGCUGAACCAGCACCUGCGGGGGCUCACCAAGGAGGAGGUCACUCGGCUGAAGCAGCGGCGGCGUACACUCAAGAACAGAGGCUACGCGGCUAGCUGUCGCAUCAAGCGUGUGACGCAGAAGGAGGAGCUGGAACGACAGCGUGUGGAGCUGCAGCAGGAGGUGGAGAAGCUGGCUCGCGAGAAUAGCAGCAUGCGGCUGGAGCUAGAUGCCCUGCGCUCCAAGUACGAGGCCCUACAGACCUUCGCUCGCACCGUGGCCCGAGGGCCUGUCACACCCACCAAGGUGGCCACCACCAGUGUCAUCACCAUCGUCAAAUCUGCUGAGCUCUCCUCCACCUCCGUACCCUUUUCAGCCGCCUCCUAGUGUCUGCUGGGGCCGGGCAGGGCGUGGGCAGUGGCACAGCCCUCAUGCCUAUCCCAGGCUCCCUGGCACAGAUUCCACAUGUCUACCUGCCCACUGUGAACCCUGCGGGGCUGAGGGCAGGGACAGCAGGGACAGCAGGGACAGGCAGAUGCAGGAUAAAAGGGAAGCUCUCAGGAGCCAGUGCCGUAAGCAACCCCCCUCAAAUCUCUCCUCCCCUGGGGGUGUGUUUUUAAGGAGCAGGCAGGAACCACAUGGCCAACCAGGAUGAACAACUCUAGGCCCCUGUGGCAGAGUAUGAGGAUCCGGUCUUCCACUUCUCCGGUGCCUGCUCAUCAGCACCGUCAGUGCCGUCCCCUCUAAGGGCCUCCAGCUGGGGUGGACACCACACCGCCUCUCCCUUUCUGGGCUCUGACCAUCUUGUCCUUAUCAAAGGGCGCUACAACCUGCUUUAGCUCUUAGAGCCAGGCUGAUGUUCUGGGAAACACUUGCAGGGGCUAAUGUCUGUGUUCCUGUGUGUACACAGGCUACCAUCACAGCCUGUGAAGACUGGAAUCUGCUGCCCAGGUAGCCACAUGGGAGAGCCUGUCCCGUAUGUGCGCCGAGGGUUGCAUGAAUGUCAUGGAGUGUCCCUGGAGGUCUGGUAGGCUGCCCGUUGUGGUGCAGGGGCCGCCUGUCCACAGAGCCAGGCUCGGGUUCUCUGGGGCUUAGUAGAGGGGAGAGGCGGAAGAGGAGCAGGUGACACCUGAGAGGUGCAGAGAAAGAUGUCGGUGGCAGGUGAGAUGUGCAUUGCUACAAAAAGAACAGGAACGAAGUAGACAGGGAUAGUGUGGAGUCCUGGCAGCCAAGGUCCAGGGGAUGUGGAAGAGGCCUGAGAGGCAUAGAGUACUAAGGGACAGAGGCUGAGUCUGGAGGGCUUUGUGGACACACCCAUGGUAGGCAGGUCAGCAAGGACCCCAGGAACUUUGCAACUUUGGUGCCCAAUUGUUACCUGCCUUUUCCUCCUUCAUAGAGCUCUGGGGCCACUGGAUAACUUGCGCUUUUUUUUCUGAAGGAAUCGUGUCCUCCAAGUCCUGGGGAAUAUGGUGGACAGGGAGUCAGGGGCAGGCUGAGCCACAGCCAGGCACUUAGAAAGCACUGUUGGAACCAUAGCCUUGGUAGGUAAUCCAUAUUGGAUAUCAAUAAGGACCAUGGAUAUUUAAAGAGAGAAGAUAUUAUAUAUAUAUAUAAUUAUACACACAUUUUAUCGUACAGAUUUUUCAUAACAAUUUUCUUUCCCAGUUUGAUACUGUAGAUCUCUAUUAAUGCAGAGUAGGUUGGACAGCGGGGUGGGGACGAAGGCCCAGGGUGCCAACAACCUUCCUCAGUGUUUCUGUGGUGGCAUUGGGCAUGCUGGGUCACUGGUGAAGCCUGCUCCAGCAGGUGUCACACUGGAUGAGUGGUCUCCAGGGUGGGCUACAGUGGUAGGCAGAUGACCACUGACUGUGGCUUGCCGCCCACGCCUGGCCUAUGGUGGUCUUCCUGGGCGGAGGCUCCAUACUCUUGGCCUCCAGGGUAGACAGGGCUGUCAGUACCACCUGGAGCACCUGUGCAGGGCACAGCCUGGAGGGGCUGGGAAGGGUGUGAGCGCGCCCCAUGGCAUUGUGUCACUGAAAUUUCAUUGUCACAAUUUAUGGACAUUUUUAUUUAAAGAUAAGAGUUUUCUGUCUUGUUCCUUUGACUUCUUAAAGCAAGCUUUAACUUUUUCAAAAGGUGACAGGGACACAUGCCGACCAUGCAGAGACCUGACACCCUCAGCCACCUGCCACUUGGAAGUUUCAUUUCAAUAUUUAUUUUUUUGUGCUCCUUCCCCCCAUGUUAUAAAUUAUUGAGAAGAGAUCAAGGUCAUAGACUGUUGGCCCCGUCUGCACCCUGCCUCGUGGCCACCACCUAAUUUAUUGCUGUACAUGUUGCCGUGACUGCUUUUGUAUCUUUGCAAUAAAGGAUUUCCUGUUUGAGAUGCUCCUGGUGUCUGGAUGGUGCUGUGGUUGGGACUCGUGCACCCUGCGCUGCAGCCUGGGCUGGGCCGUCCCUGAGGACGCCUAGCUUCCUUCUCUGCACACCUGGGCCCUCCCCUGGGAGUCGGUCACAAUCCCAGGCUGGUCUCCUAAGAUGUAGGGACUAUCACCAGGUGACACCUUUCUACCUGCACGCCUAGAUCAUCUGCAGUUAUGUCCCUCUGUGUCCAGGAUAUGCUGACUGGAGGCCUCUGAUGGCCAUGGCAACUUGUGGAAGCCUCGGGGACCCGAGCAAUCCUUGGAGGGUGGGCCGUGUCACCUGCUUGGUCCCUGGCCCCUCUUGGGUGAACAUGCAGGACAUUGCCAGAGGGCCAGGGUCUGUGUGGGGCACAGCUCAGUGACACUGAGAGAAUGCUCUAAGGACCAGU